CCGCGCUCUACCCUUCUAACUCUUCGCCUCUGAAUUCGCUCUAAAGCAUUAAAGACUUCUUCUUGCGAAGUAGCCAUACAUUCCUCCGACCCGACCCUUCAAGAUUCUGUUCGUAUCUAUCUGGCGGUAUAUAUAUUUGAGUUUCUACUGCCGGUAUAUGAUAAUUAUCGCGCACCUGGAAGAGAGAAAUAUGAAAAGUUACAUGCUUUAGAGAAAGUUUUUGGAUUGGAACACUGGUGAAGCUUUUCGGGGGGAGAGAAAGGACUACCCAAAGGGAAAGGAUGAACCGAUUUGGUUUCCCCAGCCUCUUCUAGGGCUUACAUUUCUUUGCACAUUGAGGGCUGGAUUAAUUCUUGGUGCAUGCACAUGUAUUCAGCGUUGUGUGUAUGGAAUCAGAGGAUCUGAGGUAGGGGUUGAGUAUUGUAAAUCUGGGUGCGUUUUGAGCUUGAAUUGGGAUAGGGGGAUGUUGUUUGGAAAUGCCAAUUGUUAAGAAUUCGAGCACCGAUCUUAUACGGAAGUUGUGGAUAUUACGAGGACGAGGAGGUGGGAUUAAGAAAGAUGGACGUUGAUUCCGCUAUGACAUCCGAAUCCGAUCAGGAUCAGAAGAAGAAUAAUGGGCCUAGCACCGAACAGUUAAGAGGCGAUGGAGAAUCACAGCAGCAGAGCCCUCCGUCUCAACAGCAGCAGCACUCGCCACCAACGGCGCUGCCUCUUCCUCCGCCUCAACAGCAGCACAAUAUUUGUCCGGGUGUGGGGCCAAGGUGCGCUCCCACGCUCUCGGUGGUGCACCCUAUUCUGGAGAAGGAUGAUGGUCCAGGACCAAGGUGUGGUCACACGUUAACAGCUAUCCCUGCCGUGGGAGAGGAGGGUGCUCCUGGAUAUAUUGGUCCUCGGCUUAUUCUCUUUGGCGGUGCCACUUCACUUGAGGGAAAUUCUGCAGGCUCAGGGACACCUUCAUCUGCUGGAAGCGCUGGAAUCCGGUUGGCUGGGGCUACGGCUGAUGUUCACUGUUAUGAUGUUUUGACUAAUAAAUGGUCUAGAAUUACUCCAAUUGGAGAGCCACCCACGCCAAGGGCAGCCCAUGUAGCUACUGCUGUUGGUACAAUGGUUGUUAUUCAGGGUGGGAUUGGCCCUGCCGGUUUGUCUGCCGAGGAUCUUCAUGUACUGGAUCUUACGCAACAACGGCCACGGUGGCAUAGAGUUGUAGUCCAAGGCCCUGGUCCUGGGCCUCGUUAUGGACAUGUCAUGGCUUUGGUAGGACAAAGAUACCUAAUGUCAAUUGGUGGAAAUGAUGGGAAACGACCUUUGGCAGAUGUUUGGGCCUUAGAUACAGCAGCCAAGCCAUAUGAGUGGCGUAAAUUGGAACCUGAGGGGGAUGGCCCUCCUCCAUGCAUGUAUGCAACUGCAAGUGCACGCUCUGAUGGACUUCUACUACUUUGUGGAGGGAGAGAUGCAAAUAGUGUACCAUUAGCAAGUGCGUAUGGACUAGCUAAACAUAGAGAUGGUCGGUGGGAGUGGGCAAUUGCUCCUGGUGUGUCACCAUCUCCUAGAUAUCAACAUGCUGCAGUUUUUGUUAAUGCAAGGCUCCAUGUAUCUGGAGGAGCUCUGGGUGGUGGACGUAUGGUUGAGGACUCCUCCAGUGUGGCUGUUUUGGAUACUGCAGCUGGGGUAUGGUGUGAUACAAAGUCUGUGGUUACGAGCCCAAGAACUGGAAAAUUUAGUGCAGAUGCUGCAGGUGGAGAUGCAGCUGUGGAGUUGACUAGGCGUUGCAGGCAUGCUGCUGCUGCUGUUGGAGAUCUGAUUUUUAUUUAUGGUGGUCUACGUGGAGGUGUAUUGCUGGAUGACUUGCUUGUUGCUGAAGAUUUGGCUGCUGCUGAAACGACAAGUGCUGCUUCUCAUGCUGCGGCUGCGGCAGCGGCAGCCUCAGAUAUGCAAGGCAGGAUCCAAGGGAGGUAUGGAUUUGUUGAUGAGAGAACGAGACAGACAAUGCCUGAAACAUUGAGUGAUGGUGCUGUUGUUCUGGGAAAUCCUGUUGCUCCCCCCGUGAAUGGUGAUAUGUAUACUGAUAUCAGCACUGAAAAUGCCAUGCUUCAAGGAACUCGAUUGAGCAAAGGUGUUGAGUAUUUAGUUGAGGCAUCUGCAGCUGAAGCAGAGGCUAUUAGUGCUACAUUGGCAGCUGCAAAAGCUCGACAAGUUAAUGGAGAAGUUGAACUACCAGAUAGGGAUCGUGGCGCAGAUGCAACUCCUAGUGGAAAAGAAUCAUCAAGCUUGGUCAAGCUUGACCCUGCUUUAGCAAACACUUCUGCUCCACCUGGUGUUCGGCUACAUCACCGUGCUGUAGUUGUUGCUGCAGAGACUAGUGGAGCUCUUGGAGGCAUGGUUAGACAACUCUCCAUUGAUCAAUUUGAAAAUGAAGGCAGACGAGUCAGUUAUGGUACUCCAGAAAAUGCAACAGCUGCAAGAAAGCUUUUAGAUAGACAAAUGUCUAUCAACACCGUUCCCAAAAAGGUCAUUGCUCACCUUCUAAAACCUCGGGGUUGGAAGCCACCUGUUCGCAGGCAAUUUUUCUUGGACUGCAAUGAGAUAUCUGAUCUUUGUGACACUGCAGAUAGAUUGUUUUCCUGUGAACCUACUGUUCUACAGCUCAAAGCUCCUAUUAAGAUAUUUGGUGACUUGCAUGGCCAAUUUGGGGAUCUCAUGCGUCUUUUCGAUGAAUAUGGAUCUCCUUCAACUGCUGGAGAUAUAGCAUAUAUCGAUUAUCUCUUCCUAGGAGAUUAUGUUGAUCGUGGCCAGCAUAGCUUGGAGACUAUAACUCUUCUGUUGGCUUUGAAGGCCGAGCAUCCUCACAAUGUUCACCUAAUCCGUGGGAACCAUGAAGCUGCAGAUAUAAAUGCACUUUUUGGCUUUCGAAUUGAGUGCAUUGAGCGAAUGGGUGAGAGAGAUGGAAUCUGGGCUUGGCAUCGUUUUAACAGACUAUUUAACUGGCUUCCUCUGGCUGCAUUGAUUGAGAAUAAAAUUAUUUGUAUGCACGGUGGUAUUGGGAGAUCCAUCAAUCACAUUGAACAAAUCGAGAAUAUUCAGCGCCCUAUUAGUAUGGAUGCUGGUUCCAUUGUGCUCAUGGAUCUGUUGUGGUCUGACCCAACAGAAAAUGAUAGUGUUGAAGGACUACGCCCAAAUGCUAGAGGUCCUGGAUUAGUUACUUUUGGGCCAGAUCGUGUGAUGGAAUUUUGCAACAACAAUGAUCUUCAAUUGAUAGUUCGAGCACAUGAAUGUGUGAUGGAUGGCUUUGAACGAUUUGCUCAGGGACAUUUAAUCACUCUAUUCUCUGCCACCAAUUAUUGUGGUACUGCUAAUAAUGCUGGCGCAAUCCUGGUAUUGGGUAGAGAUCUUGUUGUGGUUCCAAAACUCAUUCACCCACUGCCACCUGCACUUUUAUCCCCAGAGGUGUCACCUGACCGGCAUAUAGAAGACACAUGGAUGCAGGAACUAAAUGCUAAUCGCCCAGCUACACCAACGAGAGGCCGUCCUCAAGGCACUAAUGACCGAGGUUCUCUAGCUUGGAUUUAGAUCAUAUAUAUAAGCUGCUUUCCAGAUUGACUCUUCGGAGUUCUAUUUUUGUGCACUUAGCCUGAUCCCAUUGGGAGAAUUUUGCAGAUAUGUGAUCCAUCUUUUGGUGGUCAUAUAUGGAAUGGACAGGCCUCUCAAAAACAUUCCUCCGGUUAUGAAGAUUUGGCAGGUUGUCUGUUUCAUGACGGUGAAAAGAAAUUGAGGGUUUCGGGUGCACAGCCUAAGCCUGUUUGUACAUGUAUGCUUAGAAGCGUCAGACACGUAUGGUCAUUUAUUAGAGUGAUUAGUGCCAUUUUUUAUUUCUUGUUUUCUUCCCAGGGUUCUCAUUCCCACAGUCCCACUUUAGUUUUGUUUUCUGUGCUUCUGUUGAAAGAGGGUUUAAGGUCCUUCGAAUAUAUGCAGAAUCUUGGUGAGCCUCCUUUGUAUUAUAUAUAGGGUUCGUGUAAUUUGUUCUUUAAUCUUGUAGUACAACUUUGGCUUGAGAAUAAUAAGCUCUUUUUAAUUUAACAUGUCUUUAUAUACUUAUGUCACUCUCUCCAAAACUUCUUUUCCUUCCUACAGUUUUAUGUGUUAGUACUCAAUAUUGUCCCUAAUGAAAGGAAGUCAGAUUGUUUUCAGAAA